GCUGUUUCCUGUCUACAGUGUCUGUGUAAUGUAGAUAAAUGUGAGGAUUUUCUCUAAAUCCCUCUUCUGUUUGCUAAAUCUCACUGUCACUGCUAAAAUCAGAGCAGAUAGAGCCUGCGCAAUGGAAUAAAGUCCUCAAUAUUGAAAUGUGACAUUGCUCUCAACAUCUCACAUCUCUCUGGAUUUCUUUUUUCUCAUCAUUACUGCUAACAAAUUCAUUUCCAGACUUUGCACUUUUAAGAAGCAAUGGAAAAUAUCAACAGUCUUUCAACACAAUUAGUUAAGUGCUGCUUAUGUGAUUUCUUGAAGGUGAAGAUGCACACUGUGUCCUACAUUCAUUUCUUCUAUCUUGGCCUGUGUUUGCUUACCUUAACCAGUUCUGCUGCUGCUGGCCCAGAAACACUCUGCGGUGCUGAGCUGGUUGAUGCUCUUCAGUUCGUGUGUGGAGACAGAGGCUUUUACUUCAGUAAGCCUACAGGGUAUGGAUCCAGCAGUAGACGCUUACACCACAAGGGAAUAGUGGAUGAAUGCUGCUUCCAGAGUUGUGACCUGAGGAGGCUGGAGAUGUAUUGUGCUCCAAUAAAGCCACCUAAAUCUGCACGCUCUGUACGUGCUCAGCGCCACACUGAUAUGCCAAAAGCACAAAAGGAAGUGCAUUUGAAGAAUACAAGUAGAGGGAACACAGGAAACAGAAACUACAGAAUGUAAGAACAUGCCAUCCACAAGAACGAAGAAUGAAUGUGCCAUCUGCAGGAUACUUUGCUGUAAAUAAAUUAUUUGUUAAACAUUGGAAGACUUAAAAAAACCUAUGGUUUAAUAAGCUUGAUGCAAUCUCAACCAAUGGGCAUUCUCCCAGUGAACAAUGCAACUAAACAUUCCAAUAUUAAGUCUUUAGAGAACAGAACAUUGUAACUAGCCCAGAGCUAAAAAUUUCUGUGGUUGAUAGAUUACUGUUAACCUGUUUUAAAUGUCCUGCACAAAAUCUCUUAAAGUCCUGUGCCCCUCAAAAGCCUACAAAUUUAUGGGCCUUUGAUGGAUCCAAUUGCACUAAAUUAACCUAUGAA